AUUUCCAGGAAUUAAAUCAUUUGCAUUCUUAUCUGCAUUUUAUCUUUAGCCACGUAUUUUUUCUAAAGCAAGAGCAUGAGGGUAAGCAAAGCAGAGCUGGUCAUUGCAUCGCGAGUCUGGGUCAGGACCGUCAAACCAGAAAAUGACAAGAUUGCUGGUAUGGCUGUGUAUUUUACCUGGUCUUCUCCUCCUCGCAGAUGUGUGUUCUCCCGGUGGUUCCUUCAACUGUGACGGAUGUAACAACGGGACAGGCUGCUGUCAGCUCAGCCAUAACUACACCGUCUGCGUUAAUGUCUCUGUUGAUGGUAAUGGUACUCUUCUGAGAUGUCGCCACAAUUUUACCAAUGUUAACGUGACGUUCACAUGGUUCAAGGACAAGACAGAAAUCAUCGGCCAGAAAAAGGACACUUUGCCUCUGAAUAAGGAGAAAGAUGGUCAAUACAUGUGCAAUGUGGACAGUUCAUGUGGCAAUUGUACAUCUGCGCCAUUUGUCCAGGCAAGCAAAAAACCCGACUUAAUGAUCGUCUUGGUGAUCUGUGCUAUUUCCGCACUGGUUUUGGUCACUGCAAUGGGACUGAUUAUGAAGUGUAAACUGAAAAGAGAAAACGCUAAAUACAAAGAGAGGAUGAUGCAGAGGGUGCAGGCUGGGCAGAGGGAAGUUCCACUCCCAAUGACAUCCAGAUCAACCUGACGGAGAAACCGCAUUUUAUUCAGAUGUGACAAAUACAGACCUUAUUUCAUAAUUUACUGUAGACAUUGUAGUGUUUGAUAAAGCAAAUAAAAUAUCUUCAAUCUCCACGUUGAAGUCUCACUGUGUAUCAUUAUGGCAUAUCCAAGCCUGCAUUUGGGACAUUUUUACAAAGUAACGCUGUGUCUGCA